AUGAAGGAGAUAAGCUCAGCGGUAGAUGCGUGCCUGAUCCUGAGGAGACUGCGGGGUGAUUCAGAUAGUGACCAGAGCGACCACACACCCACGGGUUCCGCGGCAUACUUGACCGACCAAGCUGCAUAUGACAAGUUGCUCCGGUCAUAUCCAGUGACGUUGGACGGGGUGCCACCCAAGCGGUCUAAGCGGGUAUCCCUGGCUGGGCAGUACGAACGCUACUGCUACGACCGCUGGCGUAGUGAACAGCUCGAGCUUCGGGUGCAGCAUGUUCUAGAGCACUUUGCCCGUAGACUGCCCUCUGAAUCCAGAGUCAAGGCCUGGAUUGAGAAGCAAGGGUGGUCUUCAAACAUUUCAGAUGCUGCAUCCAUCGUCCAGCAGUGGAAGCCAUCUGGGGGCAUUGACGUUGCGAUGAACAGUGCUGUGUUGCAGAAGUUUUGCAGGACGCAGAGGUGGAAGGGACUCUCAGUGGCAGAGAUAGAGGGGAAGGGUAGGGGAGUGGUAGUUACAAGGCCUUUUGCCUUGGGGGAAGUCGUGUGUGACUACCACGGUAAAGUGGUGUCUAGACAGGAGGGCUUAGCGACCCAUGCAGCAACAGCAGAGCAAGAGAGUGGGUACAUGUUCUUUUUUAAUUCUGGACAGGUAGCCCGUUGUAUUGAUGCUCACGAGGAAGAGUGUCCGUGCCAUCCAGGAAUGUGCACAUUUAACCGUCUAAUUAACCACUCCUCCAAGAAGGCAAAUUUACGACCACGGUUGUAUAGUGUAGAUGGCAAAGACGUAAUCCUCUUCAUUGCCAUACGCAAUAUUAAAGUUCAAGAGGAGCUCCUGUUUGAUUACGGCGUCAACAGGAAGUCUUUUGCUGGGGAGGGGUUAGAUUUAGUAUGGCUGUAGUCCCUGCAGCAAAAAUCUGAACUGUAAAUUUAAAUAAAUAUGUAGAUAGAACUGUAAAUAUUAGGGUUAGUUAGAAUAAUGCUAUUGUCUUCCAAAUGAAGGCCCUCUGACUCUAAGAUCCCCAGCAGGCUUAAGUUCUUCACUGUGGACACUGCACUCUAACAAAUAUAUUCAAAGCUCUGUAUCUUCAUAGGACAAUAUCAAAUUGCAAAACGUCAAUAGACCGUUUUGUAGAGCAUGUCAAGACCUAUCCAAGGACGUAAGGGUUGUGUCUGUAUCAUGUACACAGCCAGAGAUAUG